ACAACAGCAGCACGUUUUGAAUGAAGGUUUCCAUGCCCCUGGUUUCCGAAUUGCGUACCUUCCCAGGCGAGCGUAGCAUCAGGAUGUCGACGUAGCUCCACCUGCUUGGUGCCCACACUUUUUAAUUUUAUCUCGGUGCCCAAUUUUGGAGCCAGCCCUCCUGGAUGUCCCGGCCAAUCAAGAGACCACACAUUGUUGCCUAAGAGACCCCGGAUGCCAGCGACAGAAUUUAUAGAUGGUGAUUGGACUAGGAAAGCAGGGAGGGGUGGGGGCUGGAAGGAGUCAAAGAAAAAGCUGACCUAGUGCAACUAUGGCAACCCCAGCACUAGAGGCUUGAAGAGGGAGCCAGCUGAAAGAGGUAUAGUCUUCUUUUUGGAAGAAUAUUCAGUUAUUGCAUGAUGGCAUUUGCACCUCCGAAGAAUAUAGAAUGUCCUAAAAUGCAGAUAAAGAUGAGUACCUGGACACCCCUCAACCACCAGGUUUUGAAUAACCAGCUCUUCAAAAUGAAGAACCUGAUUGCGAAUCUUUGGAGUGAGGAUUCGCUCCAAAUUGGGGACCGUAAGACCAUCAGCCCCUACCAAGGACCUGACAAUGAAAUGGUAUUUGAAGAAAGAAAAGCUCUGCUUGGAAAAUGGUUUGACAAAUGGACAGACUCUCAGCGGAGAAGAAUCCUCACAGGUCUGUUGGAACGCUGCUCGCUGUCACAACAAAAGUUCUGCUGUCGAAAGCUUCAGGAAAAAAUUCCAGCAGAAGCCCUGGACUUCACCACCAAGCUUCCUAGGGUGUUAUCCAUAUAUAUCUUUUCCUUCCUUGACCCCCGGAGCCUUUGUCGUUGUGCACAGGUGAGCUGGCACUGGAAGAACUUAGCUGAACUGGACCAGCUCUGGAUGCUAAAAUGCUUACGGUUUAACUGGUACAUCAAUUUCUCUCCAACUCCCUUUGAGCAGGGGAUAUGGAAGAAGCACUAUAUUCUAAUGGUGAAAAAACUUCAUGUUACCAAGCCCAAGACACCUCCAAAAGAAACAUUUAUAGUUGCGGAUGUUGGGUCACUUUCAAGCAGUUCUCCAGAGCAGAAGCAGUGCCCUUCAUCGACCUUUCGUCCUUCCACCUCUUUAAGAAAGAAGAAUAACCUAGGGGAGAAAGAGCUGCCCCCUUGGAGGUCCUCUGAUAAGCAUCCAACUGAUAUCAUUCGGUUUAACUAUCUGGACAACUGCAACCCCCUCCAGCCAGGGCAAGGAAGAAAGAAAAGAAAUGAAAUGAUCCCAGAUUUUAGCCGACAGUCACAGGAUAAGAAAAAUAAAUUGCAGGACAGAGCUAGGCCAAGAAAAGCACAUUUCCUGAUGUCCUUGAGUUCCAGCUCCCCUCUGAAAGUUCCAGCAUGGUCCCAUCAAGCGUCAGGGGGAUCCCCAGCCCUCGAAGCAGCAACUAAGAUUCUCAUGCAGCACCUUCAGAGACACCCUGGGCUCCAGUCAUUCCUCAUCCAGGAUCAGAGCCACAGCUGAUCUGAAAGUGGAAUAGAACUGUUCUAGAAAUGACGAGAUGCUCUAUGUGGCGGCGAGCUGGGUUCUCCAGCCUUCUCCAUUAGAAGCCCUUCCAGUUUAAGUUCCUCGUUGUAAAAGUGAGUCCUCCAGUGUCCCAGUGAAAACAAAUUAAAAGCAAAAAUGUUGAAAAAUUUUACAAACUUAGAAACGUGGUGGUAGCUAACGUGGGAUUGGUGAAGGGUCAAUUUUGGGUGUGUGAGGCAGGUCCAGGAGGAAAUGACAGCACACCCCCCAGCUCCUUGGGCAGUUUAAUGAGGAGCUAUUUAUCAUGGUGACUUACCUGGUUUGCUAGGGCCCGUGUCCCUUUUCUCUGUGUCUGUGUCCAAAUCUUUCUUUGUGUGUUUGGUGCCAGGAUUGAACCCAAGGCCUCCAAUGUGCUCUACCACUGGGCUGCACCCCCACCCCACAAAUCAGUUUUGAUAAAAACACCAGUCCUGUUGGAUUAGGGCCAAUCCUAAUGGCCUCACUUAACCCUAAUUACCUCUUUAGAGGCCCUGUCUCCAAAUAUGGUCUCAUUUGAAAACACUGGGAGGUAGGACUUUGGCAUAUAAAUUUGCAGGGGACACAAUUUGGCCCAUGACACACACUACAGACAAGGUUCAGAGAAGCAAGAAGGGAUGGUGAGACACCCAGGAACUAGCACCAGCAGAAACCUUUAGCAUCCAGGCUGCAGAAGUAGAUGGGAGACAGUGGAGAUCCUGGGACCUAGUCACAACUAUAGCCACAAGAAAGGAGUCACCUCCAGAAUGUGUGCCAUGGGGUAGAGGAAAAGCCACUGUUAAGACCAGGCAGGGAGGGGAGAGGGAUAAGACCUGCCCCUUCUCUUACCACACUCCUGACAGAGCUUCCGCUGUUCACCAUCUGGAACGGGAGCAAACACACCUGGGUGCCACUGUCAGAUGCCAGCCUCCUGAGGCAGAGAGCAGAGCUGCCAGGUGAGCUGGGAGGCUGGGCGAUGAGGAGACACAGAGUGAGUGGCACAAUGGAGGGAAAGAGUACGUUACCAGAGGCAGAAUUACAAUUAAUGUUUGAGAAACUUAAAUGGUCUUUAGUUACUGGAAAACAGAAAAUGUCACUUUCCUGCAAAAAUAUUAGUCAUACAUUCUAAACUAGACCACCUACCCCAUAACCAUGUCAAUGUCCCAGAAGUUACCAUUCUAGAAAACAUAUCGACCCAGGUAAAGCAAAAAAAAAAACAAAAAAAAAAACCAAAUAUGUUUGUCAAAUUUGUUUGUGAUGUUUGAAUACUUACAUUCUUAUAGUGUGUACUAUAAUAUAUAGACACACACACACACAUGCGUAUAUAUAUUUUUAAUGGUUUAAAACAGUUACCUGCCUGGCAGGAUGACACAGGGCAUGAUGGUUUGAAUGUCCAAAUGAAAGGUAGGGACCAAACAUGACCAAAUUACAAUUAAUGUGUUGGCACCAUCCUGGGUGGCACUAGUGUGUGUUAUCCUGCAAUUAGCCCUUAUGUCCUUGGGCAAAGCAGCUGGCUCUCAGGAAGGGCACCCUCUCCCUGGAGCCUGAGUCCCCGUGGUUGCUCCCGGGAGCCACAAACAGGUAUGGAAGCUGAGGUGGCCUGCAUCCUCGCCCGUCUGACCUUGCUUGGCCCAGUGCACCCUUUGAUUAUGUCAAGAGCCAGUCACAUUGUGGGCAGAUGUUCAAAUGGGCCAGACUAGUGUCUACCCCCAGGCCCUUUUGGAUCUUCUGCACCAGGGAUCUACCAAGAGAAAAAGGGCUCAGCCAGUGCCAGCAUCUGUGCUUUGCUUUAGCUGCAUUUGAGUUCUCUCUUCCUGUAUCACAGAGCAUUCCAAAUUUAUUUGCUGCAUGGAGAAGUCAGCUAUUUUCUUCAAGAAUCUGAAGUUUGGGCAGGGAUCUUUACAGGGAGCUUGAGUCUAGUCCACAUUCCACUUCCAAGAUGGCGGAGGGACAGGUGGGCACUCAGCUAGGCUGAGGGUGGGGCCCGUUUCCCUCCAUAUGGCCUGGGCCUUAGGGCAUGGGGCUAAGCCAGAUGGAAUCUGAAUCACCUCUUGAUCUUGGAAGUCUCAUAGUGUCACUUCUUUCAUCCCUCGUUGGCCAGAGAGACUUGUCCAAUUUCAAGCAGAGGUGACAGACUCUGGAAAGUGGCAAGGUUCUGGAAGUACAUGUGGGCUGGGAAAUAUUUUUGCAAAUAUUUUGGAAUAGACUCUGCCUCAGGAUGGUUCCUUGUGUGCCCCUUAACUGUCUGUACGUCACAACACAGUGGUAUGAACUAGAAACAAUCAAUAAAGAUGAUAUUGCUAUUCAUUAAUUCAGCAAAACUUUAUAGAAUACCUACUGUGCUAGGUUUUGGGAAUAGAGUUGUCCCUCAGAAUGUGAAUUCUGACAUCAAAAUCAACUGAUGCUCAAGUCUCUUGUGGACAAAUGGUGUGAUAUCUGCCUAUAACCUACAUAUAUUUGCAUGUAACUUUUUAUUUCUUUUGGUGCCAGGAAUUGUGGUUAGAGUCUUGUGUGUGCUAAGCAUGGGCUCAGUAAGCUAGACCCCCCAGCCCCUCCCAUAUACUUUAAAAUGUUUCUAGAUGACUUGUAAUAACUAACACAAUGUAAAUAUGUUGUAAAUAAUAUAAGCAGUUAUACUAUAUGACAUAAGGAAUAACGACAAGAAAAGGCAGCUUGUACGUGACCAGUACAGAGAUGAUCAUGGUGGACCUAACUACAAAGUAUACUUUGGCACCAGGAAAAUUGUCUUUUUCCGAUUUUUGUGAUCUCUGAUUGGUUGAACUCUAGGAUAUAGGACCUGUGGAUACAGAGGGCCUAGUGUGUAGGUGUGAGAAAAACCUACUCCUGCUUUCAAGGUGCUAGUACAGCUGGGGAGUGGACAGCAGCUAUGAUAAUACCAUGCUGGCUGCAAGGAGUGUGUACUGUGCCAGCCCCCAGAAGGGACAAGUAAGCCACUCCUCGGGGAGUUACAGAAGUGACAUCCAAGCACAGACCUGGGAAUAAGUAGUAAAUAGGAAGUGAGUUGGAACAGUUCAGAGAAGAAUAAGAUGGAAAUAUGCAGAGAUCCAAGGCAAAACAGGUGACCAACUAUCCCGGUUGCCCAGGACUAUCCUGGGUUUCACCAAGUCCAGGAAGCCCCUGGGUCGCUGGGAAUUAGCCUUGGGCUGGUGAAUGGUCUAGGAAAGCUGGCAUCUACAGAAGUUGGAGUGAAGCCAUGGUGGGGUUAGAGAGAGAGAAAGCUGGAAAAGUAGCCAAGAGUCCAAGCAGGAAGCCUAGCCGUGGUAGAGGUGAGGGCUUCAUCACAGGCAGCUGAGCAAUCAGGGAUUUAAAGCCGUAGAGUGACCUGCCAAGACUUGCAUAUAGAAAGAGCUGUGGCUCCUGGAUAAUUAAGAAGAGGGAUAAUAUUAUUCAGCUAUGAAAGGAGGUGAAAUCCUGUCAUUUGCAACAACAUAGAUGGAAUUUGGGGACAGAACAUUAGGUGAAAUAAGCCAGGUACAGAAACAGAGACAGAUACUAUAUGUUCUCAUUCGUAUGGGGAAACUCAAAAAGUUGAUGUCAUAGAAGGAGACGGUAGAACAGAGGUCAUCACUGGAGGUUGGCAAGGGGUGGGGCCAGGGGAUAGAGGGAGGUCAGAUAACAGGUACCAAAGCACAGUUAAAACCAGGCAUGGUGGUGCGCACCUGUAAUCUCAACUACCGGAGGAACUGAGGCAGGAGGAUUGCAAAUUUGAGGUCAGUUUGGGCCACACAGCAAGACCCUGUUUCAAAAACAAAAUAAUGCAAGCCAAGUAUGGUGGUGCAUGCUUGUAAUCUCAGCAGCUCGGGAGACUGAAGCAGGAAGAUUGUAAGUUUGAGGCCAGCCUCAGCAAUUUAACAAAACCCUGUCUCAAAAAACAAAAAAAAGAGAGCUAGGGACAUAGCUCAGUGGCAGAGCUCCCCUGGGUUCAAUCCACCAAAACAAAUACCAACAAGUAAUGCAGAGUUAGACAGAAGGAAUAAGUUCUAGUCUUGUACAGUACAGCAGGGUGCUGUAGUGUACAAUAAUUCAUUGUAUACUUUAUAAAGAAUUAGGAGAAGAGUUUGAUGUUUCCCAGAACAAAGAAAUGGCAAAUGUUUAAGCAGAUGCAAAUGCUAAUUAUCCUGAUGUGAUCAUUACACAUUGCAUAGAUAUAUCAAAUUAUCACAUUGGACCCCAUAAUUAUGUGCAAUUU